UGCAUUUGAACAAUACACUUGAAACAGGAAACACUAAAACAUGUCGUCGUGUGUUUUCUUUACAGAUUCACACCCCACAAGCCCCUCUUCCACUCCAGUCUCUCAAGAUUCAGACCCCACAAGCCCCCCUUCCACUCCGGUCUCUCAAGAAGCAGAAUCCUCGAGCCCCCCUUCCACUCCUGUCUCUCAAGGCACUCCAGUCCCUGAGGAGCUCCACCUGAUCUCUCACAGUAUGGUCUGGCCGGAGGCUUGGCAGUACUGCAGGGAUCGCUACACUGACCUAGUGAGCCUCACAAGCCUGGCUGCACAGAACAGAGUGUCGGAGCUCGUCAGGAACAGCACUGCAUCGCGAUUCUGGAUCGGCCUGCACAGAACUGUUGUGUAUGAUAACUGGUACUGGGUUGCUGGUAAGGAUAAGAAGGCCCGUCUAAACUACACUAACUGGGCCCCCGGGGAGCCCAACAAUCCUUACUAUGAGCACUGUGGGGAGAUGGUGCUGCGGGAGGAUGGGGGGGCUGAGUGGAAUGAUCUGUGCUGCUAUGAACAGCUCCCCUUUAUCUGUUUCAAAGAUUAAAAACAUCCUGAAAAGCUUUUACAGCAGUGGCUCUCAAACUAUCUCCAGCUGGGACCCCUUUUAAAGGCACUUUAGUCUGAAAAAAAACAUUUACUAAGAAAAUGAUAGAAAUAUCUCAAUCUAAAUUGUGUGAACAUGGAAUGUGUGAAUAAUAAAGCAGAAAGAAAUCUCGUAUCUGACAGAGUUUGCAAUGCCAUGUCUGCUCUCUAUAAAGAGCUGCUCCAAUGCACUGCAGUCAUCGUGGAUGGAAGGUCUGCUUGAGAUGUGGUCAUUAAAAACCUUUCUGUGACCUCCAGGGGGUCCCAACCCCCAGUCUGAGAACCACUGUCUCCACAGAACCCAGAGCUUUACUAUAGAGUAGUGCAACAAAAUACUACACAUUCCUAUCAAAGAGAAUUCUCUGUAG